CCGAAAACAUUCAUUGAAAUGGCUGAUUGUAGUCCACGAGAAUGUGAUCAUCACUGUGCACAAGUGUGCCGACAAUAUGCAUGCCCUUGUGAUUACGAACCAGGAUAUACACCUAUAAUCGCAGAAAAAAGAAUUUGCUGCAAAUGGGAAUUAGAAUCCCCUGUUCCAUCCAAAAGUGUGUACACCAAGGACGAUCCUGAAAUGAAAGACACGCUCACAAGGUAUUUCGGAAUGGCAAGAUCCCAUAGAAAUCCCCAUGAUCCGAUGCGUUUUACCGGCAUAAACCAUAUUCCAAAGCUUUUGCAUGCUGAUAUUUCUUCAUUGGAUUUUGACUACUCUAAUAUUCUCAAAGAAAGAGAGGUGAUGCUUGCAGCCACUCAACCAGGUGACACAUUUUGUAAGUUCAAAAGCAUAAGGCCUUAUAAUAAAACAAAUCAUAACUGGUAUGACAUCCCAUCUGGUCACCUGAAUCUUGGAGAGAGGAAAUCUGAUAGAACAAGGAUACCACCAGGACGAAUUUCUGCUCAAGGCUUGAGUUGUGGACAAUUGCCCUAUCUAAGCUAAUAAAGAUCGAGUAUUUUUAAAUAAAAAUAUUGUCAUCGCA